UGACGUCAACGCGUCAUGAUGAUGCUUGUUGUCAUGGUAACGACAAGAGAGUGGGGACCAUGGCUGCUUCGAAAAAACCCCGACGUGUUUCCAUAAGACCUUUGGAAAACAUAGGCUCGGAGGUGGAAGAAAGAUAUACAAUGUUUGAUGUGAUUCAUGGGAAAAUGACAGAGAAGAUUGUGCUUCAGAGGCUCAUAGUGAUCGCUCAGCUCCCCCAUGAUGCCGACAGGACAGAACUGGGAGCUCAUUAUGAAAAACUCAACAUUGAGCUAGGCAAACAGUACAAAUGGGAUGCUAUGACGGGCUUGCUGUUAAUUUAUCCAUCCUAUCUGUUUCAUGUUAUUGAAUCAUCCAGGGAUGUUCUGGUUUCUGUUUUGAAAGACCUCAAAGACAUGCAACAACAGAGAGACUGUACCUUGCUGGGAGCUUCCAAGGUUGUUCUCAUGACCCACGACCCUCACAGCAAGAUGUUCCAACAGUGGAGCUACAAGGUGCUGGAAGCAGAUCUGGUGGCUCAGGGCCGUGGGGCUAAAGGCCUUCAGGAAGAGGGCAAGAGCACAGAGACUCUGGUUUGCACUGUUCUGUCAGCACUGCAGAGGCUGAGCACACACCUCGAACUGUCUAAGAAGGCUCUUCCUGGGUCGGUGCUGGAUGAGACUCCAGAGCUGAUCAUCUCGCAGGCGAUUCUAGAAGAGCUGUUGGCUCGAGAUGAGCUCCAGAGUCCACAGCAGUAUCUCCAGAUGUACAGUUCCCCUUUACACAUCACCAUGGACUUUGGACAAGCUAUUCGUAGCAGCUGCCUCACCACAGUCUAAUGCUUGGAACAAAAGAGCAAAGGUAGAGGCUCAUCCUACAUUUCAUCUAUGUACUGAGAUCCUGUUAUCAGUUAAAGGGUCAGUUCACCUAAAUUACAAAAACACAUGGAGAUAGUUUUGGUUUCAUUUACUUUGGUUUUUGAAUACCAACAACAAUACCCUUCACAACAGAAGUGAAGGGACAUUUGUUUGUGAUGCUCACCGCAUUGGAAAAUGACAUUCAUAACAUUCAGCAGCAACAUCUCUUUCCAGAAUCCAAAGUUUUCACUUGGAUCUUUUUUGGCAAAAUGGCUGCAACAGAAACUGUUGAGGUCUGUGAAUAAAAGAAAUAGAAAGAGGUAAGAAAUGUUGCUGAUGAAUUUUUAAGCCUCGUUAGCUGUGUCCACCACUUUGGUCCAGGCUGAAACGUCUCAACAACUGUGGGCAGAGCAGAAGAUUUUUACACAGAUGUUCAUGGUCCCUACAGGAUGAAUCUACUACUCUGGUGAUCCCCUUGACAUCUGACUGAACCAACUCUUAUGUGAUAUUUUUGUCCGUUUUCUCUGCAUUAAAAUUAUUGCUUUUUUGAGGGGGGGUUAAAGCACAGUAAGUUUUGAUUGCUGUCACCUGUAUGUUACAGGGUUUAAGGCUGAUGUUAAGGUGUUUACAGUGGUCCUAUCGCAGCACAGGUGCUUGUCAAGCCAGGUGCAUUUCACUGUUGCAGUGAGGCACCUACUUCUCAUAUACCCUGAGAUUCAAAACUCAUUCAUUCAUUCAUUUUGUACCGCUUAGUCCCUGAACAGGGUCAUUGGGGGGGG